AUGGAGACAAACCGGACCAUUCCGAACCCGGCUCGCCUUCUAGCAAAAGAAAACCCGAUCUCACGACCGUCUCGACCGGCCAGGCUGAAAACCCUGCAAACAGGGGCAGGUCGAGGUCGACGGUGGCGCUGCUGCUGGAAGUGGAGGGAUCAGAAGCCCCACCCCGGCAAGGUCAUCGAGCGGCGGAAGAUACCCAACGACUAUGAGUACUACGUCCACUACACCGAGUUCAAUAGGAGGCUCGAUGAGCGGGUUAAACUUGAGCAACUUGAUCUUGGUACUAUGGAGACUGAUCUUUAUGAGGAGGAAGACAAGGUGACAAGCUUGAAAAUGACGCGUCAUCAGAAACGGAAGAUUGAUGAGACACAUGUUGAGCAUGGUGAUGAGGAGCUUGAUGCUGCUAGUUUACAAGAACAUGAGGAGUUUACAAAAGUCAAAAACAUUGCAAAAAUAGAACUUGGCAGAUAUAAGAUAGAUACAUGGUACUUCUCUCCUUUUCCACCAGACUACAGUGACUCUCCAAAACUGUUUUUCUGUGAAUUUUGCCUCAAUUUCAUGAAGUGCAAAGAACUGCUUCAGAGGUAUAUGCGUAAAUGUGACCUUAAGCAUCCUCCAAGUGAUGAGAUAUACAGAAGUGGAUCCCUUUCUAUGUUUGAGGUUGAUGGCAAGAAGAACAAUGUUAUUUGGCUAAAUUGUUUCUUGACCACAAGACCCUUUAUUAUGAUGUUGAUUUAUUUCUUUUCUAUGUUCUUUGUGAAUGUGAUGAUUGAGGUUGCCACAUGGUUGGUUAUUUCUCAAAGCUUAUGAGCUUUCAAAGGAGGAGGGUAAAGUUGGAACCCCAGAGCGACCACUAUCUGAUCUUGGACUGUUGAGCUAUAGAGGGUAUUGGACUAGGGUUCUUCUAGACAUCUUUAAAAAGCACAAGGGCAACAUCUCCA